AUGGAUCAGAAGCUGGAUAUCUUCAGGAGGGAGCUAGUGGAUGUUCAAGGUGUCCCUCUCUUCUGGAGCAUUGCUGAGCAGUGGUCCCAAGUGGAGUCAUUUGAGGCCCGGCCUGAUGAUCUUUUGAUCUCCACCUAUCCCAAAUCUGGGACAACCUGGAUCAGCGAAAUACUGGAUUUGAUCUAUAACAACGGGGAUGCAGAGAAGUGUAAACGGGAUGCAAUCUAUAAGCGAGUGCCUUUCAUGGAGCUUAUAAUUCCUGGAUUGUCAAAUGGUAUUGAACUGUUGGAAAGCAUGCCGUCUCCUCGGUUGGUGAAAACUCAUCUACCUGUUCAACUUCUUCCUUCCUCAUUUUGGAAAAAUGACUGCAAGAUGGUCUAUGUGGCACGGAAUGCCAAAGACGUGGCUGUUUCUUACUAUUAUUUCUACCAAAUGGCAAAAAUGCACCCAGAGCCUGGCACCUGGGAGGAGUUCCUUGAUAAAUUCAUGGCUGGGCAAGUGGGUUUUGGUUCCUGGUAUGAUCAUGUGAAGGGCUGGUGGGAGAAAAGAAAAGAUUACCGUAUCCUUUAUCUGUUUUACGAAGAUAUGAAAGAAGAUCCAAUGUGUGAAAUUAAAAAAUUAUUAAAGUUUCUAGAGAAAGACCUACCAGAAGAAAUUGUAAAUAAAAUCCUCUAUCACAGCUCUUUCGAUGUAAUGAAGGAGAAUCCUAGUGCAAAUUACAGCACUAUGAAGAAAGAAGAGAUGGACCAUUCUGUGUCUCCAUUCAUGAGAAAAGGCAUUUCAGGUGACUGGAAGAAUCAGUUCACUGUAGCCCAGUAUGAGAAAUUUGAAGAAGAUUAUGUCAAGAAAAUGGCAGAGUCAACACUUAAGUUUAGGUCAGAGAUCUAG